CCUAGCUGCCGCCAAAAUUCAAGUAGAGACGGGGUUGUCGGUUGUAAACACUGGUCAGCAGUGUCCCUGCGUAUUUUCACAUCUCGGUUAGCCUUAAUACUUAUUGAGUUAUCCUCCGAGGUCUACGGCGAGAGGACAGAAAGAUGUACAUCAAGUCUAUAAUCAUUGAAGGAUUUAAAUCCUACGCUCAGAGGACCGAAAUCAACGGCUUCGACCCGCUGUUCAACGCGAUCACAGGACUGAACGGUAGCGGAAAGUCCAAUAUUCUAGACUCGAUAUGUUUCCUUCUGGGCAUCUCCAACCUCUCACAUGUGCGAGCCUCCAACCUCCAGGACCUGGUGUACAAAAAUGGACAGGGUGGCAUCACUAAAGCCACUGUGUCUAUUACUUUUGACAACUCCAACAAAAGUCAGAGUCCUUUGGGGUUUGAAACCCACGACGAAAUCACAGUCACCAGACAGGUUGUGAUCGGUGGCAGGAACAAGUACCUCAUCAAUGGAGUCAAUGCCAACAACACCAGGGUGCAGGAUUUGUUCUGCUCUGUCGGCCUUAACGUUAACAACCCACAUUUCCUCAUCAUGCAGGGGAGAAUCACCAAGGUUCUGAACAUGAAGCCACCAGAGAUUCUUGCCAUGAUCGAGGAGGCAGCAGGCACCAGGAUGUAUGAGUGUAAAAAGAUCAGCGCCCAGAAGACGAUUGAGAAGAAGGAAGCAAAACUGAAGGAGAUUCAGACUAUUCUGGAUGAGGAAAUUACUCCCACUAUGCAAAAACUGCAAGAAGAACGAUCAUCCUAUUUGGAGUACCAGAAGCUGAUGCGCGAGAUCCAGCACUUGUCACGCCUCUAUGUGGCUUGGCUGUUCGUGUGUGCUGAGGAAACCAAGAAGAAGUCUGCAGAGAAUCUGAAGGUGAUGCAGGACAACAUUGCCAAGAUGCAAGCCAACAUGGCCGAGAACGAGAGCAAAAUCCAGGAGCUGUCAGCCCAGAUUCAAGAGCAGCAGAAGAAAAGAGACCAGGAGGUGAACGGCGUUUUAAAAACCAUGGAAGACACUCUUGCUGAUGCCCAGCGUGUGGACGCUAAAUCUCAGAGCGCUCUAGACUUAAAAAAGCAGAAUCUCAAAGAUGAAACCAAGAAGCGAAAGGAGCUUGUGAAGAGCAUGGAAGAGGAUAAAAAAGUGCUUGUGGUAAAGGAAAAAGAGGUUUCCAAAUUGGCCGAGCAGCUUCGUGCUGUGCAGGAGGAGGGACAGAAGGACAGCGCCGCCCUGGAGGCUGCUGAACAGCACUUCAAGGCCGUGUCGGCCGGUCUAUCCACCAACGAGGAUGGUGAGGAGGACACGCUGGCUGGGCAGAUGAUGGCCUGCAAGAACGACAUGAGCAAGGCCGACACAGAGGCCAAGCAGGCCCAAAUGACCCUGAAGCACGCUCAGGCUGAGUUAAAGUCCAAACAGGCUGAGGUCAAGAAGAUGGACAGCGGCUACAAGAAGGACCAGGACGCCCUGCAGGCUGCCAAAGGCAGCAGGGAGAAACUGGAGGCGGGGUUAGCCAAGCUCAACUACGAAGAGGGAAAGGAGGAAAGUCUGCUGGAAAAACGGAGGCAGCUGUCCAGACAGGUCUCUCAGCUCAAAGAGACCUACGAGCGCCUCAUGGCCCGCUUCCCCAAUCUGCGCUUUGACUACAAGGAUCCAGAGCGUGGCUGGGACCGCAGCAAGGUGAAGGGGCUCCUCGCCAACCUGAUCACUGUCAGCGACGUCACCUACGCCACAGCGCUGGAGGUUGUUGCCGGAGGCCGUCUGUACAACAUUGUUGUUGAUACGGAGGUGACAGGUAAAAAGAUCCUGGAGAAGGGAGAGCUGCAGCGGCGGUACACCAUCAUUCCCCUGAACAAAAUCUCUGCCAAGACGCUGAACGACAAAGUGAUCAACGCUGCAAAAAGUCUGGUUGGGCAGGAUAACGUUCACACAUCCCUGAGUCUGGUUGGCUAUGAAGCAGACCUGCGGAAAGCCAUGGAGUACGUGUUUGGGUCCACCCUGGUGUGCGACACGCUGGACAACGCCAAAAAGGUGGCCUUCGACAAGCAGGUGAUGACCAAGACGGUCACGCUCGGAGGGGACAUCUUCGACCCUCAGGGAACUCUGAGCGGAGGUGCCCGCUCUCAGUCGGCCUCCAUAUUGACGAGCCUGCAGGAGGUGAAGGAGGUCCAGGACCACCUGGAGGAGAAGGAGGCCCAGCUGCAGGACAUCGAACGACAGCUGGCUGAUCUUAAAGGAACCGCUGAGAAGUACCGGCAGCUGAAGCAGCAGCAUGAGCUGAAGCUGGAAGAGGAGCAGAUCCUGCAGGCCAAAGUGCAGCAGAGCUCCUUCCACCAGCAGCAGGAGGAGCUGGAGAGGCUGCACAAGGCCAUUGAGGAGAGCGAGGAGACUUUGCGCGUCACCAAAGAGGUGAAGAAGAAGGCCGAGGAGAAAUACAAGGUGCUGGAGAACAAGAUGAAGAACGCCGAGGCGGAGAGGGAGAAGGAGCUGAAAGCAGCCCAGGAGAAACUGAACACAGCCAAGGCCAAAGCAGACGCCUUCAACAAGAAGCUGAAGCAAAAGCAGCAGGAGUCUGACGCUGUGGCCCUGGAGCUGGAGGAGCUGCAGAGGGAGCAGGCCGGCUACGAGCAGCAGAUUCAGGCCGUGGACGAGGCCAUGAAGGCCAUCCAGGAGCAGAUCGACAGCAUGGCCUGUACCGUCUCCCAGAACAAGGAGACGGUGCGUAAAGCCCAGGAAGAGCUGAGCAAACAGAAGGAAGAGAUCAUGACUCAAGACAAAGAACUCAAGGAGAAAAACACAGAGGUGAAUAAGAUGAGGGAGAAGAACAAUGAGGCCCAGCUGAAGAUCAAGGAGCUGGAGCACAACAUCAACAAGCACCACAAGGAGAGCCAGGACACUGCAGACAAGGUGAGUCGGAUGCUGGAGGAACACGACUGGAUCCAUUCAGAGCGGCAGUAUUUCGGCCAGCCGAACACCUCCUACGACUUCAAGACGAACAACCCCCGUGAGGCCGGGCAGCGCCUGAAGAAGCUGGAGGAGACCACCAGCAAGCUGGAGAGGAACGUCAACAAGAGGGCCAUGAACAUGCUGAACGAGGCGGAGGAGAGGUACAACGAUCUAAUGAAGAAGAAGAGAAUUGUGGAGAACGACAAGGCAAAGAUCCUACAGACCAUCAAGGAGCUGGACCAGAAGAAGAAUGAGGCGCUCAACCUGGCAUGGCAGAAGGUAAACAAGGACUUUGGCUCCAUUUUCUCCACCUUGCUGCCAGGAGCCACAGCCAAGCUGGCUCCUCCCCAGGGAUGUGGCGUCCUGGACGGCCUUGAGUUUAAAGUAGCUUUGGGUGACACCUGGAAGGAGAACCUGACUGAACUCAGCGGCGGGCAAAGGUCACUUGUGGCUUUGUCUCUCAUCCUGGCCAUGCUGCUUUUCAAACCCGCUCCCAUCUACAUCCUGGAUGAGGUGGACGCAGCUCUGGACCUCUCUCACACACAGAACAUCGGACAGAUGCUGCGCACGCACUUCACACACUCGCAGUUUGUGGUGGUGUCCCUCAAAGACGGCAUGUUUACCAACGCCAACAUCUUGUUCAAGACCAAGUUUGUCGACGGCAUGUCCACGGUGUCACGGACCGCGCUCAGCCAGAGCGACUCCAACGUUCCGCAUAAAGUCCACGACAAGGCUCGACAGAAAGACAGGAGGAACAAACAGCUCAUCAGUUAAUCACUGCACUGAAAACAUCAGGGCGGCCAUAUUUGUCUUUACCUAAAAUGAUAGUAACUGCUUUUUAUGUCUUACUGAUGUCUGUGUAUCCGUUUAGCAAUCCUGUCUAAAUACUUCAUUUGGGUCCCGUGUUUUGUGUUCUUUUUAUAUAUGCAGCUGAUGGAUAUAUUUGUUUUUUUGUAAAUAAAACUGGUAAACUUUA